CUCGCAACAAAAUGGUGGUUCAGACGGGCGGGGUGACAUUCUAGCCGUUAAAUCCGAAAGUGAAGUGACUGCAAUCGGUGACAUUUAAUUGUUUAUUGAUAAGCAAACAAUCGGACAAAAUGGAGGUGAAAUUGCAGUGGCAGACUUUAGUGUUGUUAUGUAUUGUUGUUAUGUCAACGGCUGAUGAUUACGAGAACAAACUGACGAAGCUUUGGUCGUUGUCCGGUGCGUCGAAUAGUGAUGGUUCGGCUGUGGUUAAUGUGACCCGUGCAUCAAUCGUGAUUCAACCUUCAAAUUACAACAUCGAACAGCACGAUAAAGCUGCACAGGCUAGGAAGUACACGUUCAGACCCCGAGCAAUACCUUUGGUGAGGGAUCAGCCUCAAGUGGAAAGGAACGUGUAUUCACAGGACGCUGCAAAGCAGUACAAAUCUGACAUACUUUUCCCCGGUAAUUACAUGCCAAUUGCCAAAGAGAAAAGUAAUAAGAAUCUGACAAAGGACACUGUGUUAGCAAGAGGGAUGCACAAUGGCCCGAGAGUUACCAUACCAUUGAUAAGGAAUGAAGAAUUUGAGAGCAGAGCUUUGGAUGACUACGAGGAACCGAUUAUAGAGAAACCUGAAGGAUUCUCGGAGCCAACAGCAUCUAGAAGAUCACUAACUUAUUUCUUUGGUCUCGAUGAUGACGACGACCAAGAAGAAGAAGAAGAGGAAGGAGAAUAUGAAGUGGAAGAAACUGAAGGACUAACAGAGAAGGAACUGAAAACCAAAAACAAACUGAAGAAAAAGAAACUGAAGCCAAAGAAAUUGAAAAAGUAUAUGCUGCCCUUGCUUCUGGCUUAUAAAAUGAAGUAUUUCGCAUUGGUCCCGGUUAUGAUUGGAGGGCUAGUACUACUGAUUGGAGCUACAGGCCUGGCAGGAUUCUUCUUUGCAUUGUUCGCAGCGGUCAUGGGUCUACAGAAAGGAGGCUAUUGAAUAAGAUAACGAAGUCGACGAACUCGCAGUUGCCAUCCAAACUAAGUAGGAAAUUCUUGUAAUCUGGAUGAUUUGCUCAAUUAACUGGAUGUAAUUUCAGUAUCUAGUUCCUUCAUUAUUGUCCUUUUAAACAGACCUUUUUCAAGCCUAAAAUUAUUUAACCUAUUGUAUAGGUCUUUAAAAGCCUGAAUUAUCAAAAUUUUACUAAUAUUUAUUCUCUUUUAAAAAUAUUCUUUUGUC